AUGCGUCGAAUAAUGGAAGAAGGCUCCACAGUUCACAAAAGAGAGUGGAUUUUGUUUCCUAUGGUUGGAAAUUCCAGUCCUGUUUUUCUUUGUUCUUUGUUUCCUGGAAAGGUUGAGACAUCCCAAUUGCAUUUCGAAUUUGACGAGACAGUUGAAGUUGUUUUCUCAAUUAUUAGUCCUGCGAGUGUUCAUCUUACUAGUUACUAUCUUGGUGGCUGCAGCGGUCAACAAUUUCAUCUAGACGAUGAUACCUAUCCUUUUGUUGGUCUACUUCUAGAAUCAUAUGGAGAAGAUAUUGCAGAUACAGAGAUAGAACAGUCUGCAAAUGGCAGCGAUGAAGAUGAAUAUGAGGGUAGUUUUAUUAAUGAUGAUGUUGAUCUAGGGAUCAUGUCACCUUCCACUAUUUAUAGCAGCGAAGUUGAAGAGGUAUUUGAUAAGAAGAAAUGUGAGAAUGGUAAGGGCAGCCACAAACAUCUUAGGAAGAAAUUCCAAUUUAGUGAAUCUGAAGAUGAAGAUAAGUUGCCUAUUUCCUUCCUCCAGGAGAAAGAAUCUGCUGUAAAAAGUGUUGUUCAAGAUGUGUCCAACAGGGCCCUUGGUCAGCAGAAAUGCAUGCGAAGUGAGGUAGAGGCUGACAAAUUGAGCCUAGAUUUGCUUGUAACUAAAGAAGACCAGAAGACUACAAAUGAUAAAAAUGUUGAAAAGCUAAAGAAGAAAAGGAAGAAGUGUGCAAAGGAGAAACAAAAUCUUGAUGCUGACAGUCAUUCGAGUUACGAGCAUAAAGCUCAGCCAAAUCAAGCUGAAGCUAAAAACAAUCUAGAAGAUAAAGUCCAAGAGGAAGCUCAAGUUGAUAAAACUAGGCAGGAUAUACUAUUGGCGAAGAAUGAAAAUCAGAAGCAAGUAAAUGAUGAGUCAGUACUUUGGGCUGUCUUGCCAUGGAAUUCCAAUCUGCCUCCCACUCAGAUGGAUCCUGAAAGUGUUACAAAGCCAAAGAGGAAAAGGAAACAUGCAAAUAAGAAACUUCUUGAUGCCAUUAAAGAGUAUGAAGGCAAGCAAGAUGAUUUCAAGACUUACAGCUGUGACCAUGAACUGUGUCUGCAAGAUGGGUAUGAAAAGGGUGCAAAGCCAAAGUUAAAUAGGAAAGGAUGGGUAGAUAAGAAAAUUCUUGACACUGACAUUUGUAGCCAUAAUAAUUCCAUUAAAGAGGAAGAAGGUAAGCAAGAUGUGUACAAGCCUGACAGAGGAAUAAAAUCAGAAGGAACAGAGCUUUAUGUGAGUACUGAGUAUCUCUAUGUUGAACCUUCUGAUUCUGGUGAUGGCAUUUGUGAUAGACAAAGGUAUGGAGAAGCUUGGUGGUCAUCUGCUGCAGUUUGGAUAUUUGCCAUGCUACGUGCCAUCAAGGUGGUGGACGAUUGA